CCUAGAAGCAUUUCGCAAGAUCAGCUUCUCUCUACCUUCGCAAGGGAACAAGUAUAGCUUUGUUUUUCGUUCUGGGUUACUAGAAAAACCAAUGCGCCCAUUGUACCACCGACGGCAUCAGAAUAAAACAAGAAAAUGAAGCAGCUCUGCUAGUGGUGCUACUGCGCAGCGUUUGCAAAAUUUCCGUUCGAGCCUGGCCGUAGAAGAAACGAGCAGGAUCAUGGCUGGUAGCACCUCUAAACCCACCACCCCCUCCUCCAUCGCAGAGGCAUGGAAGAAUGGCACCCUGUCGCUCGAUAUCGUCUGCAAGUGUACAACUUACAUCGUGGUGGCACUAGAUGCGUUUCUGCGCGACAGAUGGCGGGGUUUGCUAUUUUGUUCCUGCGUGAGAAAUUGUAUAAUUUGAUUCUUAAAAAGUUUGUUAUGAUGCAAGACUGACUACGAUAUGUACACUUUUGCAUUGCAUACUCGACAUGGUCAGCAAGACCGCGGUGCUGCAGUACCUGCUUGUAAUCAACAUCCUCACGUUCUUCAUCUUAUGCAUUGCAAAAGCCGAUCGUACUAGUACAAAGUGCACCUCCAGAUGUUUUUUACAGAAAAAUGCAUCAGAUAGGAAGUUAUCUGGCCUUGUUCUGCAUGAUUGCGAGUAUCAAGACGAGUGGCAGUGCGAUCCUUUUGCAGUUGAUCCAUCUACGGGCUAGACAAGUGCUGCGCGAAGUUUUCGAAUUCCCUGUUGCCGAAAAAACUAGCCAAAUCAAUGUUCGGGAGCAUGACAACGAGACUGGCCGUAUUCCCAGUAAAACCGUCCCCACACCCCAGAGCUGUCAUGCAAAAUCGCAUGUUGGUGAUAUCUCUCAUGCGCGCAGCCAGAUGAGGAGAACUUUCUAAAUGGUUAUUUGAAACUUGUAAUGCUGUACUUACGAUAAGCUGAUCGAUUUGUGAUGCGGCUUUCACUGCCAAUCUCUACUGCACGAAGCGUCCAGAUUUGUCAUGCGGAGUUCACAAAGCUUUCUGAUUUGCGUAGCGAAAUCCCUAUCUUGACUCUGGCUGGGGUGCGGACGUUUUUGCACAGGAUAAACCGAAUCGGUGCUCUUAACCUUCACGCUGAUUGGCGGCUCACCCGCGGCCUUUUUCGCGAUGCAGAUUUUCCGCCACAAGACACUGAAAACCAGCUUUCAGUUUCAGUUUAAUCUGAUCGUUCUGGUGCACCUGGCAGGGGUCGGGUUUGUACUGUACAGUCGGGAUAUUUUCAAAACAUAACAUAACCCACUAGCCUUCAUCUUACUUUAGCGGCCGUAAUUUGCGUGCGAUAAAAAUUAUUAUUAUUAUUAUUAUUAUUCCAGGAAGUGAAAGAAUGGGCGGUGCAGCUCUUUUGGAACAAGCUUGGGGCAGCACAAAGACAAACAAAGUUAUCAUGAUUUUAU